AUGAGGGUAUCACGAACCCUCCCUGCCCUCCUCCUGGUCCUCGCUACGCUUGCAAACGCUGAAACCGCCGUCGCUCUGCCGCCAUUGGUGUCGAUAGGGAGGAAUGUCGGCGUUUACUUGUCCGAGGCCCAAUUCAAGGCGUUUUCGGACCACGUGCAAGAGACUUUAUGCUUGGGUAGCGAUGGAGGCCGUAUGGAAGGGGAGAUCUGGUUUGAUUUCAGUGAGCUGGGCGCAGGCGCCUGGACGCCGCUAGGAAUGUGGGAAAAGGCCGACUUGAUUUCAGUAACUGAUCAAGAGAUCCCGAUUACUUCCAUCACAGACAACACCAUACCCAACCCCUCCCCACUGCUCACCAAAGCCGUAAACGACGUCACCUCCACCGCCGGCCGCGGCCCCGUCGAUGUCGGAGCAGUCGAGUACCUCGUCAACCGUCUAAACGAAGCCAUCCCAGCCGGCGACCCCUCCUUCGCCCCCCUCUCGGACGCCGCAUCCCAGCUCGGCAACGCCGUCACGGCAACGAUGCACACGGAGCCCGUCGGCUCACCCAAACCCUUCACGACCGUCACCUUUGGAUCGCAAUCGCCAGCCGCGACCGUCACGACCGAUGUAGUUGUAACGACCACCGUGCAGAGCGUCAGCUGGGUGACGACGACUGUAGGGACGGCCACUACCUCCGUGGCUGUUACCACCGUGUCGAAUGUCAUUACGACGACGAGGAAGCCCGCUACACCCACGGGCGGAAGUGUCACAACUGGGACGGCUGGAGCGACCGCCACACCUUCCUUGUCUUUACCGUUCCAGCCGCAGCAGCAGAAUGCGGCUGUCGGUGACCGCCCCGUUGUAGAGGGUCUUGCCGCGACCGGUGUGGCCGUGAUGCUUGCUCUAUUGGUCAUGGCAUAUUAA